CCCCCCGCUCCACCUCGGGGACCGCCCCCUCCUCGCUCUCGGCGUCGUCGAAGAUAAACAAUAGUUGGCCGGCGAGCGGCGAGUGUGUCUCCCGCCUCAGAAUUCGGCGGGCUGCGUGGGAACGGAGGGAUCCCGGGCAGCCGGCCAUGGCGGGGCUGUACUCGCUGGGAGUGAGCGUCUUCUCUGACCAGGGCGGGAGGAAGUACAUGGAGGACGUAACUCAGAUUGUGGUGGAGCCCGAGGCGACUGCCGAGGAAAAGCCGGCGCCCGUACCGCGGCGGGCGCUCGGGCAGCCGGCGAGCCCCGCUCUUGCCGGCGGCGGGCCAUCGGGAAAAGGCCCGGCGGCGGCCCGCGACCCUACCCUGGACGCCGCGGCCUCGCCACCCGCUGGCCGCUGCUGUCGCCGCCGCUCCUCGGUGGCCUUCUUCGCCGUGUGCGACGGGCACGGCGGGCGGGAGGCGGCACAGUUUGCCCGGGAGCACUUGUGGGGUUUUAUCAAGAAGCAGAAGGGCUUCACCUCGUCCGAGCCCGCCAAGGUGUGCGCUGCCAUCCGCAAAGGCUUCCUCGCAUGUCACCUCGCCAUGUGGAAGAAACUGGCAGAAUGGCCAAAGACUAUGACAGGUCUUCCCAGCACAUCCGGGACAACUGCCAGUGUGGUUAUCAUACGGGGCAUGAAGAUGUAUGUAGCUCAUGUAGGUGACUCUGGGGUGGUCCUUGGAAUUCAGGAUGACCCAAAGGAUGAUUUUGUCAGAGCUGUGGAGGUGACACAAGACCAUAAGCCAGAACUUCCCAAGGAAAGAGAAAGAAUCGAAGGACUUGGUGGGAGUGUGAUGAACAAGUCUGGAGUGAAUCGUGUAGUUUGGAAAAGACCUCGGCUCUCUCACAGUGGACCUGUUAGAAGGAGCACAGUCAUUGAUCAGAUUCCUUUUCUGGCUGUAGCAAGAGCACUUGGUGACUUGUGGAGCUAUGAUUUCUUCAGUGGCAAGUUUGUGGUGUCACCUGAACCAGACACAAGUGUCCACACUCUUGACCCCCAGAAGCACAAGUAUAUUAUCCUGGGAAGUGAUGGGCUUUGGAAUAUGAUUCCACCUCAAGAUGCCAUCUCCAUGUGCCAAGACCAGGAGGAGAAAAAAUGCUUAAUGGGUGAACAAGGACAGUCCUGUGCCAAAAUGCUUGUGAAUCGAGCGCUUGGCCGCUGGAGGCAACGCAUGCUCCGUGCAGAUAACACGAGUGCCAUCGUAAUCUGCAUCUCUCCAGGAGUAGACAGUCAGGGGAACUUCACCAAUGAAGAUGAGCUCUUUCUGAACCUGACUGAUAGCCCUACUUAUAACAGCCAAGAAACCUGUGUGAUGACUCCUUCCCCAAGUUCUACACCACCAGUCAAGUCACUGGAAGAAGAUCCAUGGCCAAGAUUGAACUCUAAGGAUCAUAUACCUGCCCUUGUUCGUAGUAAUGCCUUCUCAGAGAAAUUUUUAGAGGUUCCAGCUGAGAUAGCUCGAGGGAGUAUCCAGACUGUAGUGAUGACCUCAAAAGAUUCAGAGGCACUUGAAGAAAACUGUCCCAAAGCCCUGACUUUAAGGAUUCAUGAUACUUUGACUAAUACCCUGUCUGUUGGCCUCGUGCCCACCAAUUCCACAAAUACCAUCAUGGACCAGAAAAAUGUAAAGAUGUCAACUCCAGGUCAGAUGAAAGCUCAAGAGGUUGAAAGGACCCCUCCGGCCAAUUUUAAAAGGACAUUGGAAGAAUCCAACUCUGGCCCGCUACUGAAGAAGCACCGACGAAAUGGCUUAAGUCGAAGUAGUGGGGCCCAGGCGUCAAGCCUCCCUGCAGCAUCCCAGCGCAGGCACUCGGUCAAACUGACCAUGCGGCGUAGACUCAGGGGUCAGAAGAAGAUGGGAAAUCCUCUCCUACAGCAGCACCGGAAAACUGUGUGUGUGUGCUGAGAUGGACCUGGGAAGUGGGGUUCUCCCUACCUAGGAUGUGAGGGCUUUUUAAAUUUGGUGCCGAAGUUGAACUUUUUUUAAGGGGACGAAAUAAAGAGUAUACAGUUAGACUUUUUGGAAUUUAA